UUUAGUUUCAAAACUCAGGUAAAAAAAACACUCAGAAAACAAUAUAAACCCUCAAAUCACUGACACCCAUCCUGACACAUCCUUUUGGGCUAACCUCUCCCAACAAAUGCCCUGCGUAUCCCACAGAUAGCCCCCGCUGAGCGGCGAGUAUCUGACGGGUUAAUGCAGCAUGAGUGCCAGUGGCACGUUUGCUUGCGUCAUAGCUCGAAAACAACGGUUAAAACGACCAGUCAGAAAGACAGAGACACCCAACACCGGCGGACGGACCCUUUCCUCACUUUCUAUGUUUGCUAUUUCGGACUGACAAAGGCGAUAAGGGGACAGUUCCUGAAGUCAGCACCUCAAUCAGUCAAAACCCAAGAAGAGCAAAUACAAAUAAAUACAAAUAUGGAGAGCAACAACAACGACAACGAAGCGUGAAUGAAUUCCUCGGCGUAAAUUGAAAAAAAAAAGAGUGAUAGUGGAACUGAUAAGAACGGAGCGCCGUGCUGAGAUCGCAUAUCACAAAAACACAACCAGCGAGAGAGAGGCAGGCGGAGAGCUCUGGAUGGAAAACCGGUAUGUGUGGAGAGUUCCACUCUCAGCUGGCUUCGAGUGGAGACCCGAGCUGGCCCAUGCCGCUCUCCGGCACUUGUCUGGCUUUGGCGAGACCUCCUAUCCACUCUCCACUCAUUUUCGAAAAGUAUCUCAAAGCUCGCGCAAGCGUACCGCACGCGGAUCGCAUAAACGCGGAUUUAAUCGGAAAAUCUUCAACUCUGCGAUCUUUCGGCCGGCACAAAUCGACACAUUGGAUACGGUUUUAACCAAAUAGCAACAAAAUUAACACAAAACAAGCCAAGUUCUUUGGAAAGCGUGUGUUUGAAUCGCUCAAAAAAUAUUUAAAACAAAGCCAACAAAGUGCCAUGGCGUAUCCGUAAUGUGACCACAGUGCGGAUAAGAAUGUAAUCAGACUCACCUGAAAGUUUUUAAACGAAAACCAAACAAUAAGCAUUUAUUGUGUCAAACAAAUUAAAAUUAACAAAAAGUAAGAAAAGUAAAAAAUAAAAGUGUUGUAUUUUUUCCAAAGCUUCCAAUGCCGGCUCGGCAGAUGCAUUUCGAAAACGAAUUUAACGAAAAAAGCGAAAAAGAUACAUAGAAAUAAGUACGUGCUGCAAAAAGUGUAAAAGGAAGAGGGGAAGAAGCUCGAACGAAUAAGGAAUUCGGGGCAAGAAGCUGAGACAAAUCAGGCGCCCGGCACCGGGCAACGACUUGAAAGGAUUCGCAGCUGGAACUGUAUCCAGCCAGAUACAGAUACAACUGCAGAUACUGCACUCUAUAUACGAAAGAAAGAUACAUAUAUACAUGAGGCAGACAAUCUACAAAAGAUACAUGCCAUGUUCCCACUAACCAACCGCUCUUCGAGUGGCAAAGGCACCAACAUAAGCAACAUAAGUAACAACAACAACAACAGUCAGACAACAAGCUUCAUAAUCGGCAACACCAGCAGCAGCAGCCACACCAACAACAACAACAACAACAAUAUCGGUGGCAAUAUUCCAAAGGAUAAGGGAAAUUUUGAAAAUAAUUGGAGCUGCAAUAAGACAACAGGUCGUCGAUCUGGAAAUGGAAAUAGUUGCAGUUUUUUAGAUCUCCAGUCCAUUCGACGUCUCCUGGAACACGAUGCCUCUGGCUCGGUCUGCCCCUCCUGCCGCAUAUCCUUCGACAAGGGCAAAAGACGGAAACUGAUCGACACCUGUGGCCACGAACGGUGCUAUUCCUGUAUGUUCCGCAACGAUCAGUGUCCCAUGUGCAUGAACAGUUCGCUGAAAGAUGUGGAUGGCGCCAACGCUCAGGGGUAUGACACCGGGAUCGGUGGCUCCACGUCGACGAUUGUAAGUCCGCUUGGAUCGCCACAGCCGCAGCUCAGAUCGCAUGCGCAGCGGAACGCGGCACUGGCGCGCUACAUGCAGCACCGCCAGGAGUCGCAGUCGCCGGAUUACCACCACCGCUAUGCCAGCAAUGGAAAAUUGCCCCGGGCGGCGGCCUCCACCAAUGGCAAUGGCACCACACAAACCGUCACAGUCGAUGUGCACCAUCACCAGAAUGGUGGAGCCACCAAGCAGUUCAUGGCCAGCAACGCCAACAACAUAAACAACAACCACAUUGGCAGCAUCAACCACAGUCGCAGCAGCAGUCUGAGCCACAACAUCCAUGCGGUGGCAUACAGCGAACUGAGUGCCGCACCACCGGCCUUUGCCACUCCGCCCACGCGUAGGCGGUUCUUCAACCACAAGAAUCUUCGCAGCGCUCUCACCGGCUCCAAUGGAGGUGGAUCGGGCGGUGGAGUAGGUGGUACUGGAGGAGGUGGCGGUCACAGACGCACUGCCUCCAACGGAGGUUGUCCCAUUGACACGGCAUCGAUCCUAUCCGGCGGAAGCGACGCCCUGGAUCAUUCUCAGCACUCCUCGUUUCUGAACGAGAAGCUCCAAAAGGAUCAGCUCCAUGCCCGCUUGGGACUCCUCCUUAACGAUCCGGGAAGCAAUGGCAACACCAGCAGCAGCGGCAGUGGUUGCGAUCCCAUCUCCGUGCACUCCACCGCCAGCACCACCAGCAGCAGUGGCGUGGGAGCGGCCAGCACCACCACCAGCGGCUCCUCACAGAACACCAGUCCGGAGCAGACGCUGACCAUCGGCGGAGGGCUGUUCAGUGGCAGUCAACUGUCGGUGGCCACCAGCCAUGUAAAGGAGGACGCAUUGAGUUUGUGCGGCAAGUUCAAGGCAGGCUGCUCCAUGUUGCAUGUAUACGAGCCGCUGCCGAGCAAGGGCCGCAAGGGAGCAGCUCGGAGAUCCACUCGAGGUCAACAAGGAUCCUCUAGCUCCUCAACGGCAGCGGCAGCAGCAGCAGCGGGAGGAUCCAGGGGACUUACAGCCUCUACUCUGGCGGCUGUCCAGUUGGCCCUCAAGCCACUCUUCUUUGAGGUGCCCCUGCAGGAGCCGGAUCCUCCGUACUUAGGGCGUCAAUGGCUGGUGCAGCAGCUUUCCAACAUUCUUCUGGGAACCGAGACCCGGGUGGUGCUGAUCAAUGGACAGCCGGGCACCGGCAAGACCGCCUUCUGCCUCCAGCUGGUGGAGUACUCCUGUUUCGGUCGCCGCCAGAUGCAGGACGAUCCUGAUGGAAUCUACAGCCAGCUGCAACUAGGCGCCCACUGCGAACGGAUGCGGGGCCUGGCCUCCCACAUGGUGGGCUAUCACUUCUGCCAGGCGGACGCCAAUCUUACCUGCCAGGUGCCGGACUUUGUCCACUCUCUGGCCGCCCAACUGUGCCAGGCUCCGCAGCUAACCGCCUACAGGGACUACCUCCUGUCCGAGCCCCAUCUCCAGGACAUCCUUAGUGUUCGCGAGUGCAUAGCCGAUGCGGAGCGCGUCAUGAAACUGGCCAUUCUGGAGCCACUUGCUCAGCUGCAUCGGGCCGGCAAGAUUCCAGCCAAGGUGGCUGUCAUCGUGGUGGAUGCCUUAUGCGAGGCUGAGUACCACCGUCCGGAUCACGGACACACCAUCGCCAGCUUCCUGGCCCAGCUCACGCCGCACUUUCCCGCGUGGCUGAAACUGGUGGCCACAGUCCGCACCCAGAUGCUGGAGCUGGUGAAGGCUCCGAGCUACACCCAACUUACCCUGGACAGCUGGGCCAGUAGCCAGGCCCUGCAGCAGGACAUGCUGGACUAUAUUGCCGCCCGGCUGGCGGACAGUCCGGAGAUCAGGAUGAACAUCGGCGGUGGAGGAGUAGGCGGUGCCCAGUCGUCGCAGGGAUCUCAGUCGCAGACGAAGUUCGUCUCACACUUGCAGUCCCUGAGCCGGGGCUCCAUGCUGUAUGCCAAGCUCAUCCUGGAUCUCAUUGCCCGGGGCCAGUUGGUGAUCAAGUCCUCCAGCUACAAGGUGCUACCCGUUUCCCUGGCCCAGAUCUUCCUGUUGCACUUCAACCUACGUUUCCCCACCGCCCGCAGCUUCGAACAAGCGGCUCCCAUUCUGAACAUCUGCCUGGCCGCCCUCUAUCCCCUGACGCUGGACGAGAUCUACUACAGCAUGGAGGCCCUGAGUCACGGCCAGGAGCCGCUCAGCUGGCCGGAGUUCAUGCAGCGCUUCAAGUUGCUGGACGGAUUCCUGAUCAAGAGGUUGGACAACACAUACAUGUUCUUCCACAGUUCUCUGAGGGAGUGGCUAAUGCGCCGGGAUGAGGGCGAGUCGAGCAAGUUCCUCUGCGAUGCGAGACUGGGCCAUGCGGCUAUCGCCUUCCGGCUGUCCCGUCUGCAGGCCCCGCUGUCGCCCCAACUCACCCUGGAGCUGGGCCACCACAUGCUUAAGGCUCAUCUCUACGGAGGCUGCAGUCAGGCGGUGCUCUCGCCGAGGGAUUUGCAAUCUUACUGGCUGGCCGGCGCAGCGGACAACAUUUCCGGUUCGCUGGGAGCCCUGCGCAAUGUCUACAGUCCCAAUCUGAAGGUCUCCCGACUGGUGCUCCUGGCCGGAGCCUCACCGAAUCACCGCACCGACUACAUGGGCGGAGCUCCCAUUCUCUGCAUAGCCGCCCACGAGGGAAUCCUGCCUAUGGUGAGCCUGCUGCUGGAAUUCGGAGCCGACGUGGGUCUGACCAAUAGCCAGGGCUGUACUCCGCUCAUCCUGGCCGCCAUGCGCGGGCACUGCGAUGUGGUGCGUCCUCUGGUGGCCGCGGGCAGCAGCCUGGGACAGCUGGACAUCACCCAGCGGUGUGCUCUGGUCCAUGCCGCUCGCAUGGGACACCUGAGUGUGGUUAAAUACCUUCUAGCCUGCGACUGGACGCCUCGACCCCACUCCCAGGACGUGACUAGAGCGGUGGCCCUGCAGCAGGCUCUGAUCGGAUCCGCUGCCCAGGCGCACUGUAAGAUUUUGGAGGACCUGCUGGACCUCAACGAGAGUGAGUUUGACCUGGACGUGAACGGAAUGGAGCCCAGCAGCGGAGAACUGGCUUUGACAGCCGCCGCUCGACAUGGCUGUGUCGACGUGGUGGGCAUCCUGCUGUCCCGCGGCGCCCAGAUCGAUGCCCGGAACAGGCAGGGAUACUCGGCGCUGUGGUUAGCCGUCAAGGAAGGGCACUGGAGCGUGGUGGAGCAACUACUACAACGCGGAGCCCUGCUGGACGAGCCUCUGGGACAGGCCAGAAAGACUCCCUUGAUGAUUGCAGCGGAGGAGGGUCACCUGGAGUUGCUGGAACUACUCUUGGCUAGAGGGGCCUCCCUAGAGGCGCAAGAUCACGAGGGAUUCACAGCCCUGAGCUGGGCCUGCCUGAGGGGACACCUCGCGGCGGCCAAGACGCUUAUCGAAAACGGCUGCAAUCGCCAUCACGAAGACCACAACGGACGCACUGCCCUCGAUCUGGCUGCCUAUCAGGGUGCCGCCAGUCUGGUGCUCUACCUCCUGGAGCAGGGCGGCAACCUGGAGCACAUCGAUGUACAUGGAAUGCGACCGCUGGACCGCGCCAUCGCCUGUCGGAACAUCCAGGCGGUGCAGGUGUUCCUACGCAAGGGCGCCAAGCUGGGACCCACCACCUGGAGCAUGGCCAUGGGCAAGCCGGAGAUUCUGGUGGUGCUGCUGAACAAACUGCUGGAGGAUGGCAAUGUGUUGUACCGAAAGAACCGCUUCCAGGAGGCUGCCCACCGGUAUCAGUAUGCCCUGCGCAAGAUCUCCGGCCUGGAGCAGCUUCUCGAACGGAACGCGGUCUUUGCCCAGCUGCGGACCAAUCUUCUGCUGAAUCUGUCGCGAUGCAAGCGAAAACUGAAUGAACUUGAUGCCUCGAUAGAUUUGGCCACGCAGGCGAUUGCCCAGAAGCCACACAGCUACGAAGGAUACUACGCCCGGGCGAAGGCGCGCAUGGAGCUAGGUGCCUUGAACGAGGCCCUGGUGGAUGCCAACGAUGCCAUGCAGCAGGCCGCCCAGAGCGGAGUGCUCUGCGAGGUGGUCGAGGUGCUAAAGCGGAUUCAGACCGAGCUGCUCACCCGCAUCACCAUCAGCAGCGAGGAUAGGGAGACCGGGAAGCUGGCGCAUAUCGGCGGUGGUGCCUCCUCCUCGUCCGUUUAUGAAUCUCACCACGAGAUCACCGAUUUGUAAAUGUCGAUUGUUGCUUAUUCGAAUUAAUCGCUAUACUAAAUAUAGAGAUAUCCUUUUAGGUCUAACUGUUUGCUAUUUAUUGCCUUCAAAUGUUUUUUU